AUGGACCCUCACGAGGGUUUCAUCAGGCCUACCGAUGAAUAUGCUGUUGGGAAGGAGUUCAACUUGUUCCCAUAUAAGCCCACCGAGCCUCAUGGCACGGAGGCGUACCGACGCCGACGUCUUCCGGCAGACGAGAUCGUCGGCAGCAUUCGAGGUUUUGACCCGACGAGGGACUUCACCACAACCAAAGCCAAGGUGCGGAUCGAGGACCACAUUCGCAUCGGCAUGAAUCAGCAGUCUCAGAUCUUUGGUCUCAGCAUCGUGCAUGCUCCGUUGGACGAGCGUCCGGCAACUGAGCAGCAAUCCCUCUACCACCCCGUCGGAUCUGGCCAUCCCAUCACCUGGAACCUGGUCGGCAAGGCGGUCGAUGUGGAGUACGCCUUGAGCGGUUCCGUGGGAGUUAAACAGGUUGAGGAAGCGGCUGAUGGGCGUGUUUGCUGUGAGCACGCCGCCUAUACGUACUAUCGCAGCCUGGGCAAGACUGGGCACCCGCACAUCAUGCCGCAGUUCUACGGCACUUGGGUCAUGGAGCUUGAUGAUGGUCUUGACGAUGAGGGUUUCCCGAUGAGCAGAUACGUCUGUGUCUUGCUCCUUGAGUACAUUCAUGGCUACUCUAUCGACGAGUUAUGCUAUCACGAAGAGGAAGAUGAGGACUACUUUGGCAAGCUGGCCGGCUUCCAUCGGGUCGACAACACCUGGACCAACGGCUGGAUGGACGAACCGACUCGAGCGCUCGUCAUCAAGAAGAUGCUCCACGGCGUUGUUGUCGGCAUGCACCACGGCGUUCAACACCACGAAGCCAACCCGGAGAACGUCUUCAUGACACUGCGGGACGGCACCAACAACACCGACCUGGACGAGCUCCGCGUGGUCCUGCUCGAUCACACCGCCACCCAGAUCUGGCGCAAGACUGUCGAUUCGCAUUUCCACGGAAGAACACACUGUCUCGAGAAGCUCCCGUAUCCUCCUCAUCCCAAGCAGGGUUGCAGCGUGGUACCACUCGAGGACUACGUGGGGUGGUGGCCACCGGCUCCCGAAGAUCGUCCUGGCGAGGACUUGAAUGAGAUGUUUGACGCGUGGAUGCUCAACGAGGACGUGUUUGGCCCGUUGGAAGCGGGCUUGCAAGGGCAGGGGUGGCCGCACAAGUACGUAAAGUACUCCACACUCGUUACGCUGGACGUUAUCGAGACGCAGGAGCCUCAUGAGAUGAGAAAGAAGGUGAUGCGCGAGGUGAUUAUCCCCAAGGUCCUCUCGUACUGGCGUAUGAUGAAGGAAAACGAUCGCGCGGAGCUCGGGGAUCGGGAGAAGAUUUGCGAGGAGAGUGAAGACGAGUCUUUCGGAGAAAGUAAUUCGUCUCUUGAGGAGUAUACUAGACAUCUUCAAGGGAGGAACGAGUUUCUCGAACAGCACGUCAAAUCGCUCGAAGACAGAAACGAAUCUCUUGAGGAGAGAAAUAGACUUCUUGAGGAGAAGCUUGAGGCGCUCAGUUCGGAAGAGUCUUCCGCAAGCUCACGGCGUUCCUUGUCUAAUUUCCAGCCCCCGCGAAACCAACAGCCUCAACCUAAGCAAAUUCCACGCGGCCCAGCUGAGCCACAGUUCUAA